AUGGCUUCCCCAGCGACGGUGGCAUCUUCGGUGCCCCCAUCCCUUUCCCUUCCCCCCUCACAAUUCGCCCGUCUUCAACCACACGCCUACCUCCUCGCUCAUCUUUCCCCACCACCAGCUUCGAACCAACCCUCCGUCCGAGCUAAUGGCCGUGCUACCUCCCAAUUCCGAGUCACAUCUGCCAAUGCAGGCUCUCUGACCCACACAAAUGGAAGUGCCGUAGUGCGCAUCGGUGACACAGCUGCCGUGUGCGGUGUCCGCGCAGAGCUACUAUACACCGACGACAUCGCAUCGUGGAGCGUAUCCGAGUCGUCGUCCGCUACAAACAGCAACAGUGACGAUGCUAGCGCCAAAAUUGAAGAGGAGCGCUCUCACAUCGAAGACCUGAACUUGCUUGUCCCGAACCUAUCUUUGAGCACCGGCUGCGCGCCGGGCUUUAUUCCUUCUGCUCCACCAUCGGCUCUAGCCCAGUCGCUUUCACAUCAGAUUUUGUCGCUUCUCCACAGCACACGCCUCGUCAAUGCGGAUGAUUUGCGAAUUUGGUAUCAACCACCGAGCCUGGAGGAUUCAGAAAAUAAUGAGAUGGAUGUGGAUGGUGGCGACAAGGAACGCCAGCCCCGUGAGAUCAAGGCUUUCUGGGUACUCUACAUCGAUAUCAUGAUCAUUUCACUUGCAGGUAACGCCUUCGAUGCGGCGUGGGCCUCUGUUUUGGCUGCUCUACGUGAUACAAAACUCCCCAAGGCCUGGUGGGAUGUGGAUAACGAGGCUAUUCUCUGUUCGGAAGAUAUCAACGAAGCUCACAAGCUUUCUCUGCGCGGCAUGCCGAUUCCUAGCUCCUUCUGUGUGUUCGAAGCCGAUGCUGCCGCGGCGUGGCGUGCUGUUGUCAUUCCAGAUGCUGAGCAGCUGAAUGCAGAGAAGCAGAAGAAGGGUUCCCAGACUAGGUGGAUUCUUGCGGAUCCGGAUGGAUACGAGGAAGGAUUGACACAGGAGAAGGCUUGUGUUGUUGUUGAUAAAGAGAACGGAAAGACGGUCGUUCUCAAGCUAGAGAAGCUUGGGGGUUGGACGGUCGAUACGGAAGAUCUUCGACAGUUGAUUGAUAUUUCGGGAAGCCGAUGGGAUGAGAUGAACCAGAUACUAGGUCAAUGCUGA